AUGGCUCCCCACAUUGAUGCUCCUUUGAUAUCUGCUUUCGUGGAGAGGUGGCAACCGGAUACGAACACUUUUCACCUUCCAUUUGGAGAGAUGACGAUCAUGUUGCACGACGUUCAGGCGAUACUGGGGAUCCCUAUUGAUGGGCGUGCAUUGAGUUGCUCUGAGACAGACCAUGAGAGGUCCUUGAUUAGUCGGGUUGGUGAGUUACUUUUGGUUAGAGAGGAGAGCCUUCGAGGGGCCCAUUGUGUGAAAGGCGGUGUGAAGGUUUCCUCUAUUUUGGGAAAAUGUUCAGCGUCGGGUAGGGAUGAAACGUGCCAAGUGACUGGGUGGUUGAUGUCUACUAUUGAAUGUUGUUUGUUUACUGAUAAGAGUAAGAGUCGGCUUUCUUCAAAGAUCUUGCUUGAUCUCGAUAGACUGGAUGAUGUACCAAAAUAUUCUUGGGGAUCGGCUUGUUUAGCUUUUCAUUACCGCCAGCUAGGUGUAGCUUCACGGUCAGAGUCACGAGGUAUCGGAGGUUGUUUGACGCUUCUACAGGCGUGGAUUUAUGAGCAUUUUCCUUGUUUCCGACCUCGCUCGGUCCGGAAAGAUGUAGGACCUGAUGAACCUCUAGCAUCGAGUUGGGUUUAUGCUGCUGAGAGUAAGGACAAGUCUAGAUUGGUUUCGUUUCGUGCUAGGCUGGAUAGAUUGACACUAGAGGAGGUAUUGUGA